CCUGUAAAGAUGUCUGAGCAGGCGGGGAGGGAGCGGAGCGGAGGACCCGAAACUAACGCGCAGAACCCGCAACUCUCCGCAACUUAACCGGUCAAGGUAAGGGCAAACGGCCCCGCGGAGCCACUCCGACUGCACCCGGGCGCGGCGGAAGGUCCGGGCCUUCACAUGAACCGGGUUACCGGUCCGCUGAGCGGCUCGGUUCGUGGAGCAGAGCAGAAAAUGUUGUGCAGGACGCGCACUGCUGUGGCAGGGGCGUGUCCGCCAUCUUGUGAGAGAAGUGGCGCCCAAACAACAGCUGUCGCUCCGUCCUGGCAGCGCGAAAUGGCCGUUAACGGCGGAGUAGACUUCGGGCGGGCGCCCUCUCUGUGCGUUUAGAACCACUUUAGCGCAGUUUGGUCCCGCAGUGGACCGGGACCGACCGCCGCCGUGUCGUGUGAACAGCCGGGGCUCCCGAGGAGCAGCCGCAGCCUUUUGUUGUUCCCCCCUCCUUCCCCUGUUCCCCCGCCGUGUUUUUUUUUUUUUUUCUCGGAAAGCCUUCCAGGCGCAUGCGUGUAACCAUGGCGCUCGUUUCUGCGUUGAACGGACAACAUCAGGAAAGAUGAAAUUGAUCUAACGUGGCGCUUCGAUCUGACACAGAAACACUGUGGCGCAGUUAGCCGAUGAUGGUCGAUCUUCGGGGUCCGAUUUUAAAACAGUGAUUUCUCCGCCUCUGCCCGCCAAAUUCUGCCCGCCAUGACUCACUGCUGAUCGGCCUGGACUUUCAUUUUCCCUCCGUCACGAAGAUCUGGAAUGUGUCAGAGACUCUGUUUUUAACCCUAAAGUCACGUUAACCCGAGAAGACACGGAACCGUCCGGUGCAGCGUCACCGUUUGACACAUGUAAUGUCGCUAGUCAAUAAAUCUGCCAGUUUAACUGAUGCAGGUCGAUGUCAUUUUGACGAGCAGCCGAGAUGUCCAAUGACAGCCAGGGAUCGGUGAAGGGGGAGGCAGCUGUGAUUCUGGCUCCCUCCGCCCCUGCCACCGACUCCUCUCAGGGACCGCCCCUGUCUCCGUCCACUACGUCUAAACCACCUGAGCUCCCAGAUGAACUGGUCCAGGCUGGAUGGUCUAAGUGCUGGUCACGGAGGGAGAACCGUCCGUACUAUUUCAACAGAUUUACCAAUCAGAGCUUGUGGGAGGUCCCUGUGUUGGGUCAACAUGACGUAAUCUCCGAUCCUUUAGGUCUUAAUGCGGCGCCGGCAGAGGGUGGAGAAAGUAACCUUGGUAACGGUCAGAGGAAGAGGAGAUGCUCUGAGGAACAGGGGGCAGGGCCGAACAGCCUCAAACGAGCCAAGGUAGAGCCCACCACGCCCAUCUCUCCCAGCACCCCCGGGCUCAAACCCUGGAGCUCUGGCCCUGAGGACAAACAGGCCCAAUUAGCUACAUCCACGACCCCAAGUCCUGCCGCUGCCCCUGCCCCUGCCGCCGCCCCAGCCGCCCCCACCCCCACCCCCACCCCUGCCCCCUACAGACCAGCUGUUAUCUACUGGGACCUGGACAUUCAGACCAACGCUGUGAUUAGAGAACACCCCCCAACCCCCCAUCACCUGCCCCCCCACCCUGAGAUUGAGAUGCAGAGAGCACAGCUGGUCACUAAGCUGAGGCAACACUACCAUGAGCUUUGUCACCAGAGAGAAGGUAUUGAUCCGCCCCGCGAGUCAUUCAACCGUUGGUUACUGGAGAGGAAAGUGAUUGACAAAGGUCAUGACCCUUUACUGCCGAGCGACUGUGACCCUGUCAUCUCCCCGUCCAUGUUCAGAGAGGUCAUGAACGACAUCCCCAUCAGGUUGUCUCGUAUCAAGUACAAAGAGGAGGCCCGGAGGCUGCUUUUUAAAUACGCUGAAGCAGCUAAGAAGAUGAUUGACUCCAGGAAUGCGAGUCCGGAAAGCAGGAAGGUGGUGAAGUGGAACGCUGAAGACACCAUGAGCUGGCUGCGCCGAGAUCACUCCGCCAGCAAGGAGGACUACAUGGACCGACUGGAACACCUGAGGCAACAGUGUGGUCCUCACGUCACCGCUGUCGCCAAAGACUCUGUGGAGGGAAUCUGCUCCAAGAUCUAUCAGCUGUCUGCAGAGUACAGCCGCCGCCUGAGACAGACACACCUGAGUAUGCUGCAGGACCCGCCCACAGAGGCAUGUGCGUCCCCCCAGCAGUCCCGACUGGUCUACUGUUACCCGAUGCGUCUGGCGAUUCCCUCGCCACCCCUCCCCCGGGUGGAGCUGCACUUUGAGAACGACGUGGCCUGUCUGCGUUUCCGAGGAGAGAUGGUCAAAGUGAACAGGGGUCACUUCAGCAAACUGGAGUUGUUGUACAGGUACAGCUGUAUCGACGACCCUCGCUUUGAGAAGUUUCUGUCCAGAGUCUGGUGCCUCCUGAAGAGAUACCAGGUGAUGUUUGGCAGUGGUGCCAACGAGGGGACGGGCCUGCAGGGGGCAUUGCCAGUGACGGUGUUUGAAGCCUUGCACCGGCAGUUUGGCGUUUCGUUUGAGUGCUUCGCCUCGCCACUCAACUGCUACUUCAAACAGUUCUGCUCUGCUUUCCCCGACAGCGAUGGCUUCUUCGGAUCCAGAGGGCACUUCCUGGCCUUCUCUCCAGUCAGCGGCUCGUUUGAAGCCAACCCUCCGUUCUGCGAAGAGCUGAUGGAGGCCAUGGUAAAACACUUUGAGGAGCUGUUGGUCCAGUCCUCAGAGCCUCUGUCCUUCAUCGUCAUCGUUCCUGAGUGGCGUGACCCCGUGACCCCAGCCCUGACCCGCAUGGAAGCAAGUAAAUUCCUCCGUCACCAGUUGAGCGUCCCGGCCUACGAACACGAAUAUCGGUCGGGGAGUCAACACAUCUGCAAGAGGGAGGAGAUGUACUAUCGGGCGGUGCACGGUACUGCAUUACUCUUCCUUCAGAACGACGCUGGUUUUGCGAAGUGGGCUCCAACUCCAGAGCGUCUGGCUGAGCUGACAGCGGCGUACCGCCCCAUCUCCUCUCGCACCUCCUCCCUGUCCUCUCCUGGUCCCGCCCACACUGUUCCUGGAGACAAAGACUCUGUCCCCAAAGCUUCUGAGAAGACGCAGGGCAGUGUGAUGUCACCAGGGAGUCACGACAACAACAAUAACAACAACAACAACAACAACGACAGCAGCAGCAGCAGCAGUAGCAGCAGCAGCAGCAGCAGUCCAGCGGACAAGGUGGCCCCCGUGUAGAGGGGUGGGGCUUGUAGUGUAGCCCCCUCCCCUGUUGUUGCAGUGUCAGAGCAUUACUUAUUUCAUAUUGUCCCUCACCAGCACCUGUAGCACAUCCUCAGCUUCUCUCAACAUACCCACAAUUCAGUUGUUUCGCCGCCAGCAGGGGGCAUUGUCAGCGUGCCACACUGAACCCUAUUGUCGUUUAGUUGGCUUAUCUCCCUGCUCACUUCUGUUCUGAUUGGUCGAGGCUCUGACAUCGCUGCAUCUGGAGCUUUAGGUUCGUGUCCAGACGUGGCAGUGGCUGUUGUGUAGCAACAAGCCCCACAGCCAAUGAGAUUAGAGUAAAAUAGUGGGCAAUCACGUGUUCCAGCUCCAGCAAUAAAAAACCUUAUCAUUCACCUGUGUGAUGUCAUCUGUGAUGUCACUGCUCCUCUGGGUCGCGGGAGGACUUCUGAUUGGUUGACAUGGCAGCUAUUGUUUCUAUUGAACUCAAAUCCAGUGAUGUCCUGCUUAAGGCCCUUCCUCCUUACGACGGCUUGCCAAUCCUUGCGCUUGCUUCAGAGGGGAAAAACCUCCUUCUGCCAGGGUGCAUUUUGCGAAACUGAGUAUUCAGCAGGCAGGAGUGGGUGGCAGAGCAUCCACGCUGAGGUCAUACUUACUGGUGGAAGGAGGCGGAGUCAGAACUGGUAUUCAGACUGGUCGUUCAGGACAGAUGGCUGAGUCACAGACGCCAUCUUCCCGCCUCGACACUUCUUGGAAGUUUGAUCGGCUCCUCUGAUUGGACGAUGAGCGGCUCUUUCAGGCGUCUGUGCCCCUGUAGAUUCUGUACAGUUGGAACUGACCUGAGGUCGGUUCAUGUUCGUUUCCUCGUCAGUUUGUUUUUUUAUUUGACUUAAUUUAAAGUUUUUUAAGACACAAACUGUUUCCUGUUUCACGACAUUUGUUCUGAACUAAACCAAAGUGUGGAGAAGAAAAUGUUUGUGUAAAAGUAGAAAUGUGUUUAAGUGAUGCUGACGUCGAAACGCAGGAAACUUCAGCGUAUUUUUAUAAACUUAAGCUCUUUUUUUUUUUGGUGCAUGAACCUUUGGACUCAGAACCAAGUUUGUAAUCCUGAAUAUUUCCAGGCCCUGUCUCCUUUAAGCAAAGCUAGCUGCUAUGCUAUGCUGACGUUGGACUGAAGCCACACGACUUUGACCGAAGAAAACAAACUGGAGACAUUUUCUUGUAGCGGAUGAAUUAAUCAGAUCUAAUUAUCACACUUCUUGCGAGAUAAAUAUCCUGUGAUAUUGUAAAUGUGAUGAAAUGGUAGAAAUACCGACCUUUAACCUCUACAGUUUAUAAGAAAACCCUUUCUCUGGUUCACAUCUGACAGUUUUUUUUCUUUAUGUUAAUAUCAUAUAAUUGUUUUGAGAGGUUUUCAUGUCGUCACAACUCCUGUGAUGAAAUAACGUCUCAGUUGUUAUGUAAGAAAAGUGUAACUGUAGUUUAAUGUUUGUGUAAUUAAAGAAAUUAAAGCUCUGUUUGAUCUCCGAGAGGGAAUUUUCCAAAAUUCAAAAUAUUUAAAUUAUAAUUAUUAUAAUUAAAACAAAUAAUUGUGGUGAUGAUGAGUUUUCCUGAAAGAUGAUGAAUAAUCUGUUCUGUGACACUCGGUCUCCAGUUUGUUUGUCUUUAAUAAACAUGUUUGUGGUUUUCAGCUGUUCUCCGUCUCAUGUGACGUGAGGACGGUUCCCGUCUUGUGUCCUCACAGCUGCAGAAUGUAAAUACAGUCUUCGUCCUGUCUGCGGACAAGCUGCAGCUUCACUCAAGUAAAAAAUUUACAAUGAUAUUCAA